AAUAGCGUAAUUCGCGUUUAAAUAUAAAAUUAAGCAGUGUCACCACAAAAUCGAUCACCGGAAUCUCUAUUUGAGAAGCAUCCAAUUCCUUCCCCUAAAAGUUUCCGAGAAAGUGACGCCCGUUUUUACCAUUUUAGACACAUUAAACCCCCCAAAUUCCAAACAGAUAGCCUCCGAUGUGGUGGAGAUCAGCCUCUUUCAUUCUUGACAAACAACAAAACGACACCGCACAACCCAACCCGGACACCCUCACUCUCUCUUCUCCACCUCUCUCCAUGGCCGAUACUCUCCACAACCCUAACCCUAAUAGUAAUAAUAUUUCCGCUUAUUAUCAGACUCGUGCGGCCCACCAUGGCGUCGUUACUAGCGACUGGCUCGCCCAGGCGCAGGCCGCCGUCGGCGGCCAUCCUGAUGAUGUCUUGCCGCCGGAAUCGGAUGUCAAAGUCGCUGGAAAGCCGUUUAGUGUCAUCGAUGAGUUUAAUAACUGGAGGAAGCAACCGGACUUGGCGGAGGCUGUUGCAGCGAUUAGGGCGCUGGCAGCUGUAAUUAGGAAUAGUGAGGCGACUACAAUGAUGGAGCUUGAAAUCGAGCUCAAAAAGGCCUCGGAUUCGCUCAAAUCGUGGGACACAACCUCUAUCUCGCUGACGGCAGGAUGUGAUCUGUUUAUGCGGUAUGUAACCAGAACUUCUGCCUUGGAAUAUGAGGACUUCAAUUCAGCUAAAUCUCGUCUGAUUGAACGUGCAGAGAAGUUUGGAGAGAUAUCUAAUAAGGCACGCAGAAUCAUUGCUAUGCUUAGUCAAGAUUUUAUUUUUGAUGGCUGCACUAUUUUGGUGCACGGUUUCUCCAGAGUUGUGUUGGAAAUCCUGAAGACAGCAGCUCAGAAUAAGAAACUUUUUCGAGUUUUCUGCACAGAGGGAAGGCCUGACAGGACAGGAUUAAGGUUGUCCAAUGAGCUGGCCAAGCUUGAUGUUCCUGUGAAACUCCUAAUAGACUCUGCUGUGGCGUAUUCUAUGGAUGAAGUGGACAUGGUAUUUGUUGGAGCAGAUGGAGUUGUUGAAAGUGGAGGUAUAAUCAACAUGAUGGGAACGUACCAAAUUGCACUGGUGGCACAUAGCAUGAACAAACCUGUGUAUGUAGCUGCUGAAAGCUACAAGUUUGCUCGUCUUUAUCCCUUAGACCAGAAAGACAUGGCUCCUGCUUUACGGCCCAUUGAUUUUGGAGUACCUAUCCCUUCAAAGGUGGAGGUUGAAACAUCUGCCAGAGAUUAUACACCUCCUCAAUACCUGACAUUGCUUUUUACUGAUCUAGGUGUACUCACUCCAUCUGUAGUCAGUGAUGAGCUGAUUCAGCUGUACUUAUAGUCAUGUUUAUUUUUUUUUUAUUUUUGUGGUAAGAAACUUAUCACUGCACUAGUUUAAGACAUUAUACAAAUAGUUAUGCAUCUUAUCUCUUGGCAAUUUUGACUUGCAUAAACUUUCAUCUUGAAUGUAAUACUGCUCAAUUGUAUCAUACAGAAGAUUGUGGUUGUGUU